AUGUAUAUGGGCUGCUUCUGGAGUCUUGAGCAUGAUGUGUUCCCUCUGUUACUUUCAUAUGAAUACUUUCAUAUAAAUCGAGGACUUGGAUCUCUGCCAGCUUUCAUCUUUAUCUGGAUUUUAACAUUGUUUAUACGGCCUGCAUCCAACGCAGCCUGUUCCGUGACUUUUGAAGAAUAUGUCACCAAGCCAUUUUAUUCUGGAUGUCCAGUACCAGAUCUUCUGAAGAAAAUAAUGGCUAUUGGCAUCCUUGGAGUGGCAAUCUGGGUCCAGAAUAUAUUUACUGUGCUGAAAAUGAGGGCACUGAGUCUAAUUGUGAUUGCUGGACUUGUACUAGUUGGGACAGAUAAAGGCUAUUCAGAAAGCUUUAAAGAUGCUUUCAACAGUCAAACAGUCAACAGUCAGUCCUAA